GAGGGUUGUGGGAUCCGAUGAUGAUGACAAUAGCGAAGGCUACUGAGAUGGCAAAGGUCCUUUGGUUCCAUUAGAGAGCACGCAUUAGCAAUACUCACUGCAGGGUACCUGCAGGGGAUUUCAAUUACAAACAUCACUGCCGGUGACAGUAUUUUAAUCGUCCUUACGGGCACCGGCGUGGCUAAUGGAUGGUGAAAAUUUGAGGUAUGGAGUCAAUUCUUCAUCUGGGUACACAAUAAUGACUACUUUUUUAGUGUCCCUACGGCAUCCUUGACCCCAAUCACGAUACCACGCUUUCUACAGUUUCCCUAUGGGGCAACAGUCGGGGGGACCCUCUGUAAUACUUCCGUACUCGAGUAAAAGGUUGGUGGGCCAUUAGGAUCCCGGAUGUCCCAUAACUUCACACUCAUUCGGUAUAUAGGACAGGUCUCAAUGUUCUCCCAUCUAUUACAGGAAUGCCUGGCCUAACCACAGGAGUGCCCUCUGAUCCUGGCCUCCGUAACCAACGUCUUGAGUGCCACUACAGUACCAUAGCAAACGUACACCCACUCUGUUGCCAGAUUCCAAAUUAUUCCUAUUGGUGGAGAUCUAGGCCUCAACCACGAGACCUGAGCCAUUCCCGCCCAUGUGGGAGCUCCACAGAGGACAUGGUGAGGUGUGUCGGAUAAUAUCAAAAUAAAAUACAGUGCUGGGUACUGGGAUAUUUAUUGUAAUCCCUCUCAUUUGUUACUUCCUCUAACUUCUUUCCUUACCGACCAUUUAGACCAUAUAUGGAAUGGUUUCUGGAUUUUGGAUAUUUGUUUUAGCCUCAAAGGGGAUUUUUCUCACUAAUUCACUUUUUCAGGAUGUCUAUCCUAGAGCGUCUGCUCCAGAUCUUGGCCAUUUAGGACAACAGGAUUCAACUGUGGGUGGUACGAGUUUCACCCGACUGUGGAAGGUCAGUGACAAACUCUCCUCUCCCCCUCCCGCCUAGUCCAUGAUUGCAGGUGAGAAAUCGGCGGCACCAGGCAGACGUCCAAGCAGCAAGCAGGAAUUUCCAGAAAAGCAUGCGUGGCAUUGAUGACUUGUCCCAAGGAAGAAGCAUCUGAAAACAAGCAGCAACUUGAAAGAAACAUUCAUACCACUAUCAUACCAGUAAAACAUAUUUGAGUGAACCGAUGGUCAAUAUGAACAUUUCUUAUGGUGCAAAGCUUCUGAAGCAUGUGCUACGGUGGGUAUGAUACACCCAUGUAUGAUAAAGCCUAUACUGUACUGGAGGAGGAGGACUGUGCUUGUACAGGGUAAAGGGUUCCUCUUUCUUUGCUCCAAUUGUUUUAUAAUAUCAUAUUAUAUAUCAUACUUGACAUAACCU